CAUCUAACCACAUUUAAUAAACAACAAGUUUAAUUAAAAAGAAGACAGUUAAUUUCUGAUUAAAGUAUCCGAAUUGUUCACAAAUAAGCUAUUUUCUUAUUUUUUAACGUGUGUAGUUCGUAAGCGUGAGCUGUUACGAUGCUAACCUGCUAACGUAGCUAUUAAAACAAAGGCUGCCAGAAAUACAUACAAAUCAUUAUAUGACCAAUUAUUAACUUAUUAAUAACAAACCCAGAGCCACUGUUUUCAGAUGGACGGAGACAGCAGCACCACAGAUACCACUCAGUUAGGAAUAACUGGAGAGUAUAUGACCGGAGGGACAUAUGUCUUACAGACCCAGGAUGAUGAUGGGGAUGAAAGUUUCAAUGACCAUGAGGAUGGCAACGGCAGCAAAGACUAUUUCCGAGAACAGGACAUCUACCUUCCCAUCGCAAAUGUCGCCCGCAUCAUGAAGAAUGCCAUCCCACAGACUGGAAAGAUAGCAAAGGAUGCAAAAGAGUGUGUUCAGGAGUGUGUGAGUGAGUUCAUCAGCUUCAUGACAUCUGAGGCCAGUGAGAGAUGCCAUCAAGAGAAACGCAAGACCAUAAACGGAGAGGACAUCCUGUUUGCUAUGUCCACUCUGGGUUUUGACAUGUACGUGGAGCCACUUAAACUCUACCUGCAGAAGUUCAGAGAGGCAAUGAAGGGUGAGAAAGGAAUCACUCCGGUUACAGUCAGCGAAGGCCUUGGAGAAGAGCUUACAGAUGAAAGUUUCACCGGUCAGUUGCCUGCAGGACUGAUCACUGCAGACGGCCAGCAACAGAACGUGAUGGUAUACACCACUUCGUACCAGCAGAUCCCUGGUGUGCAGCAGAUACAGUUCUCAUGACUGAAGACCGGCGCGAAUAUAUCUAGUAGCCUGUCCAGUGUCCAGACAGACUUAUCUCUUGCCUUGCAAAGUUUUCAGGUCAGUGCUGGAAGACCAAGAGAUGGCCGGUUACCAGAGCAGGAACAAAAGUGCCUGUUGCCAGGAGGCUGAUUUGAUCUAAAGUUAUGUCUUGUAAUUCAUUCAGUAUUAUAUUAAGGCCAGUUUGUUUUGAUUGGUCUGCUUGGUACAGGCCACACCAAAUUAUGACUUUUUUUCGGGGGGGUUCCUUGUAUUUAAUAAUUUUUAAAGUUUGGGAUGGGGCAGUGGGAAGACAGAAAGGCCAUAUUGACAAUUUACAUUCUCAGAAUUAAGGGAAUUCUAAUUUGAUAUGACAUUUGAUCUUAAUUAACCUAUUGAACUGACUAUGUUGAUUCUUUGAAUAAAAAAGUGACCUGUC